CGGCCCGCCAGUAGCAGGGAAGGCCCACAGGAGCCCCACAGAGGGGCACAGACAUCAAGGAUCAUGGCUGAGAAGACCUUAGAGGAGACCCGGCUAUGGAAUGAGCCCAUACUUCAGGAUGCUUCGCAGGGCCUCCAGGACAGCUUGUUCUCCUCUGAAAGUGACAGCAGCCUGUACUUCACCUACAGUGGCCAGUCCAACACUCUUGAGGUCCGAGAUCUCACCUAUCAGGUGGACGUCGCCUCUCAGGUGCCUUGGUUUGAGCAGCUGGCUCAGUUCAAGAUACCUUGGCGGUCUCACAGCAACCAAGACUCCUGUGAUAUGGGAAUCCAGAAUCUGAGCUUCAAAGUGAGGAGUGGGCAAAUGCUGGCCAUCAUAGGAAGCUCAGGCUGCGGGAGAGCCUCACUACUAGAUGUGAUCACGGGCAGAGACCACGGUGGCAAGAUGAAAUCGGGACAGAUCUGGAUCAAUGGGCAACCCAGCACGCCCCAGCUGGUGCGGAAAUGUGUGGCGCACGUGCGCCAGCAAGACCAGCUGCUCCCUAACCUGACUGUCAGAGAAACGCUGGCUUUCAUUGCCCAGAUGCGCCUGCCCAGGAGCUUCUCUCAGGCCCAGCGUGACAAAAGGGUAGAGGACGUGAUUGCGGAGCUGCGGCUGAGGCAGUGCGCCAACACCCGUGUGGGUAACACAUAUGUGCGUGGGGUGUCUGGGGGUGAACGCCGGAGAGUGAGCAUCGGGGUGCAGCUUCUGUGGAACCCAGGAAUCCUCAUUCUGGAUGAACCCACUUCCGGCCUUGACAGCUUCACUGCCCACAACCUGGUGAGAACCCUGUCCCGACUGGCCAAAGGCAACAGGCUGGUGCUCAUCUCCCUCCACCAGCCUCGCUCUGACAUCUUCAGGCUGUUUGACCUGGUCCUUCUGAUGACUUCCGGCACCCCUAUCUACCUGGGGGCCGCGCAACAUAUGGUGCAGUACUUCACAGAAAUUGGCUACCCUUGUCCUCGCUACAGCAACCCUGCCGACUUCUACGUGGACUUGACUAGCAUUGACAGGCGCAGCAAAGAACAGGAAGCGGCCACCAUGGAAAAGGCUCGGUCACUUGCAGCCUUGUUCUUAGAAAAAGUGCGAGGCUUCGAUGACUUUAUGUGGAAAACAGAGACGAAGGAACUCAACACGGGUACCUACACAGUCAGCCAGACCCUCCCACAGGACGCAGGCUGUAGAGCUACUGCUAAGCUGCCUGGAGCGAUACAACAGUUUACCACCCUGAUCUGUCGUCAGAUUUCCAAUGACUUCCGAGACCUGCCCACCCUGCUCAUCCACGGGGCGGAAGCCUGUCUGAUGUCCCUCAUCAUCGGGUUCCUUUACUAUGGCCACGACAUCAAGCCUCUCUACUUCAUGGACACGGCAGCCCUGCUGUUCAUGAUAGGAGCGCUCAUCCCUUUCAAUGUCAUUCUGGAUGUUGUCUCCAAAUGUCAUUCGGAGAGAUCAAUGCUGUACUAUGAACUGGAAGACGGACUGUACACUGCUGGUCCAUAUUUCUUCGCCAAGGUCCUUGGCGAACUGCCUGAGCACUGUGCCUAUGUCAUCAUCUAUGGGAUGCCCAUCUACUGGCUGACCAACCUGCGGCCACUCCCUGAGCUCUUCUUCCUACACUUCAUGCUUCUGUGGCUGGUGGUCUUCUGCUGCAGGACCAUGGCCCUGGCUGCCUCUGCCUUGCUGCCCACCUUCCACAUGUCCUCCUUCUUCUGCAACGCCCUCUACAACUCCUUCUAUCUAACUGCGGGCUUCAUGAUAAACUUGGACAACCUGUGGAUAGUACCAGCAUGGAUUUCCAAACUGUCCUUCCUCCGCUGGUGUUUCUCGGGGCUAAUGCAAAUUCAAUUCAAUGGAUACCCUUACACAGUGCAGAUCGGCAACCACACCUUCACAGUUCCCGGAGAAAAGAUGACUGAAAUCAUGGACCUGAACUCGCACCCACUCUAUGCUAUCUACCUCAUCGUCACUGGCAUCAGCUGUGGCUUCCUGUUCCUGUACUAUCUGUCCUUAAAGUUUAUCAAACAGAAGUCACUUCAAGACUGGUGAUGCUCUGUCGGUGGGACCUUUCUCCCAGGGCUGACCGCCUCCCGCUGACAGCAGUGAGGACAAAGAUUACUCAGAUCCCAGCAGCGUGCGCCCCUUGGUGCUGCAGUGGCAUAGGUCAGCCACAGGAUGGCAGUAGAAUAAAGACAGUUGAAAGGGAUUUUUGAUCACUGGCCUGGGCUUGUGAUGGGAGAAAAAAAUGGGGACUUGGUGGCACCUGCAAUGUUGCUCAUUUAUGUUCGUUGGUUAUAUCUUUAUGUAAACAACCCAGUAUGGAAUGGGAGCCAGUUAGAUAUAAAUUGAAUAGCCAGGCUAUGCAGAAAUUUCUGGAAUUUCUAUCAAACCAGAAAGAAUAGUGGUUUAAUAGUAAAAUGCUCAGCUUUAUUGCCCACCAUCCUCAUACCCUAUGUUAAGCCAUUCCCACUACAGAAGGUGACCUAAAACAGACUAGCAAAAUGCCAUCUCUUGUCUUUGUGUGGAUCCAUAGACUCCAAACCCCAAAGAUGAACAAUUAAGAGCUAUUGAACGUCUUCUCCAUGGUUGCUGUGUGGUGGAAUAAAAACAUCCUGAGGUCUUUGAGGGUCAGAGAGCAAAGGCCAGGCCUGAGAUACUGGUCUUGGAUUUCAAGAAGCUUCUAGAAACAGAUUACAGAGGUUAUGCCGGUCCAGCCAGGCCUCAGAGUUGCACCCCAGUCCCACUGUCUGGGUCUCAGGAUUAACCUUAAUUAACCUUUCCUAAUGGCCAGCGGAUGGAUUGCUUGAACACCCAGGCUAUAUGCUAUACGCCUGUAUCGAGGCGCUUCUGACUCAAGGCACAGGGAUGGGAGGGGGUUGUUCCCACAGGAAAACUAGAGUCAGGCACUGAAAGAAACAGUGACAGGGUGUUUGCGGCCAAGAGAGAUGUUCUCCCCCAGUCCCCCAGAGCCUAUGUCUAGUGUGGUCCCUGGCCAGCAUUAGAACAUCACUGGUUACAGAUGAGAGAGGCAGAAUCCCAGGGCCACCCAGACCCAUGGACUCAGCAUCCGUGUGUUCAGGCUACCCUGUGACUUAAGUGCAGACCUCAGUGUGAGCAGCGACUGUCCUUCCCAGCACCCAGUAGACUCCGGGAGUCUGCACAGUCCCAUUGCCACCGUUCGGUACAUAGAUGCCACUCAAGAUCCAAAAAGAGAUCCAGUGUUCUUCCUCCUUAUCCAGACCAGAGUCAAGGGCACCGUUUGAUUGUCAUGUCUCUUUGGUUUCUCUCAGUUUGGAAAGCUCCUCAAUGCCCCUGACUCUAGGCUUGGGUUUAUGUGGUGUAUUUAAGGAUUAAGUCUAGGCCGGGCACUUUUGGUCAGGAUACCGAGAAAUGGCAUUGCUUUAAUGCGUCACAGUAAGCGGCGUGUGCUUUCCACUUGUUGCACAAGGAGGCGCACUUUGGUGGCCUGAUGGAAGCCUGUCUGUCGGACUCCCACAUGUCCGUGUUUCCUCCUUUCAUAACGAAUAAACCUUUUGAGUGCCAGUG